ACAAAUUUCAUAUUCUACACUUGAAGGUCUCUUCAUCUUUCAUUAUAUUAAGCAUUAGCUUUGAAGCUUCCUAAGUUUGGAGGAAGGUCAGUGGGAAACUGCCUGUCAACCUAAACUCACUUCAUAUUUUUGCUUCUCUGUGUUCUACCAUAACUUUUUUUUUUUUUUUUAAUUUCAAUUUCAAAACCAAGAAGUGUUUACUUUGCUUUUGCUUCUCAAUUUCUACAUGUCUUACAAUAGUAACCAGCACCUCACUACGUCGGAGAGUGAUCUUUCCGAGCAGCCCGGGUUCGAGUUUACGGAUUGGAUGUUUGAUGGAUGGCUGAACGAAAACUCUUCGACUCUGACCGACUCCGUGAUGUACCCAGUUUAUCAAGAGGGGGAGGUUGAUGAGUUUGUUGGGAACACCAUUCAGCAAGCAGAGCCUAGCAGCAGAGACCAUGGGAGAGAGAGGGAAGUUAGAGAAAGAUUUGCAUUCAAGACAAAAUCAGAAGUUGAGAUUUUGGAUGAUGGUUUCAAGUGGAGGAAAUAUGGGAAGAAGAUGGUGAAGAACAGCCCAAAUCCAAGGAACUACUACAAAUGCUCGGUCGAAGGCUGCCCAGUGAAGAAGAGAGUCGAAAGAGAUCGAGAGGAUCCAAAAUACGUGAUAACGACAUACGAGGGUGUUCAUACUCAUGAAAGCUCUUGAUUUGUUUAUUUUUACAUCAAAACUUUCAAUGUUUAAUAAGAAAAUUUGGAUUUAGUGUGGGGAAAUUCAAACAGUUCAAUAGGUUGAUGUUGUUUGGUUUGGAGUUCUGUGGGGAGUAGAGGCCCCAGAACCAAACAGCAUCAUUUUUCACUGUUACAUAUAGUGAUGACAGAUUUUUUUAUCGAAUUUAUAUUGAUACAGAUCAAA